AUUAAAACAAAAAAAAAGGGUAAGCAAGAAAAAGAAAAAGUUGAUCUUGAUCCAAGCAGAUUUUGAGGAACUCAGAAAUGGCACUUCUUCAAUCAAGGAACUCUCAGAGGUGGAGCUUUUACAGGCCUCUCUCUGGUCACAAACCAGUUCUUGUUGGUCAGAGAGGAUGGUAUCUUGUUGUUCUUGGCAUUCUUUCAUGUAUUGUUUUCAUAUAUAUUUCCAUUGGUUACAUUGGAUUCCAUCCUGAACUACCAAAGAUGAAUUUUGUGAGGGUUAAUGGUACUCAGCUCAUGUUGGAUGGAAAGCCUUUCUAUGUUAAUGGCUGGAAUUCUUACUGGCUCAUGGAUCAGGCAGUGGAGGAUUAUAGCUGGCCUAGGGUUUUGGAGAUGUUCCAGAUUGGGGAAAAUAUGGGGCUUAGUGUUUGCAGGUCUUGGGCUUUCAAUGAUGGUGCUUAUCAUGCUCUCCAGGUUUCUCUUGGUAGAUUCAAUGAAAGGGUUUUCAAGGCAUUAGAUAAAGUUGUUGUGGAAGCAAGAAGACAUGGGAUUAGAUUGCUUCUUAGUUUGGUUAAUAAUUUAGAUGCAUUUGGUGGGAAGAGUCAGUAUGUUAGAUGGGCAUGGGAGGAAGGAAUUAGUUUGACAUCUUCGAAUGAUUCGUUCUUCUUUGAUCCGGCCAUUCGCAGUUAUUUCAAGGUUUAUUUGAAGACGAUUUUGACGAGGAAAAACCACUUGACUGGUAUAGAGUAUAGAGAUGAUCCGGCGAUCUUUGCGUGGGAAUUGAUUAAUGAACCUGCAUGCUUGUCUGAUGCAACUGGUGACACACUCCAAGAUUGGCUUGAAGAAAUGGCAGCAUAUGUUAAAUCAAUCGAUAAGAAGCACCUCUUGACAGUUGGAUUCGAGGGGUUCUAUGGCCCAGCAAGCCCUCCAGAAAGGCUUAGCAUGAAUCCGUCGGAAUUUUAUGGAAGAACAGGAGCAGAUUUCAUCCGCAAUUCUAAAAUUUCGAACAUUGAUUUCACUUCUGUGCAUAUCUAUCCGGAUCAAUGGUUGAAGAAAGCCAAUUUCAGUGAGAAAAUGAAGUACAUCUCCAAAUGGGUGAGCAUACACAUCGAAGACUGUGAUACAGAACUGAAAAAACCAGUCUUAUUUACUGAAUUCGGCCUCUCGAGUGAUCACAAGGACUAUGAUCCUGCCAAAAGGCAUAUAUUUUACAAAUCCAUAUACGACGCCGUCCAUAACUCCGCGAAAAACAAUGGAGCCGGAGGAGGUGCCCUCAUUUGGCAAUUCCUAGCAAGAGGUAUGGAAAAAUACAAUGAUGAUUUCGGUAUCUUUCCCGAUUCGAGGCAACCCAUGUAUGAACUAAUCAAACAUCAGUCCUGCCGGAUAGCUGAAGUAAACUACAAGCAGGACAUUCUAAAAACACCUUACAAAGAUAUCUGCCAAAAGAACUAGUAUUUCCGACUACUUCUUAAAUUUCAUCAUUUCUUUGAUUCUUACACAAUGAAAUCUGUAUAAUUUGGAUGUCAUGUUACUCUUUCUUGUUAUCCUUUGUAUUGUAAAAAACCGGAGGAUUCUUUACGAAGAAAAACACAUUCGUUUAUAAUAGCAGACUUAUAUUUAUUGAGCACGAUAAAGUUCGACAGGAAAAAACUAGAUGGCUUACUCCUGUCUUAGAACACAAGACACACAAA